AUGAGUCUGCCUCUUAACCCAAAGCCCUUCUUAAAUGGGAUGACUGGGAAGCCAGUGAUGGUGAAGCUGAAGUGGGGAAUGGAAUACAAAGGCUACCUCGUCUGUCAAUGGCUACAUGAAUAUGCAGCUUGCAAAUACAAAUAUAUUGAUGGACACCUGGGUGUUCUGAUAAGGUGCAAUAAUGUCCUUUAUAUAAGUGGCAUAGAAGAAGAUGGAGAAAUGAGAGGAUAA